UUCAGUUAAAGCCACAAGACAUCGAUUUUUCCUUCUGCUGAUAAAAACUAGAGCUGUUGCUCUUCUUCUUUCCACUUUACAGAAUUCAAAGAGUCUCUCUUUCUCUUUCUCUAUCACUGCAAAAUCAUUUCCUUCUCUUUCCUUUCCUUUCCUUUAUCAAAAGCAAGAACGAAAGAUGUCUUCUCCUCGACAAACUAUUCACGACCCUUUCAAAGCGUGGAAAUUCCUGGUUUUCCCUACCGUCAAAGCCACUGAUAUCUUCUCCUUACUCGUAAAAGCAACUCUUCUUAUUUUCACUGUCGUUUCAAUCUCUUUUAUUUCCUACUCUGCUUUCUCUGCCCAAUCUCGAUAUCUAUCUUGUGCUGAAUGCGAUCGCGUUUCACUCUCCGGUCACCGGAAGGUAACCAAGAAUAGUAAUUAUAAUUAUUCUAUGGGCGAUGUAGAAAAGACAAAUAUAUCUCAUAUUUUAUUCGGUAUUGGAGGCUCUGCAAAAACAUGGAAUGACCGGCGACGAUACUGUGAACUAUGGUGGAAGCCCAAUGUAACCAGAGGAUAUGUUUGGCUUGAAGAGAAGCCAUCGGAGACGGAAACGUGGCCGGAAACCUCUCCGGCUUAUAAAGUAUCGGAGGAUACUUCAAGGUUUAAGUACAGUUGCUCUUAUGGUUCUCGCUCUGCAUUACACAUUGCACGGAUUGUCAAGGAGAGCUUUGAAUUGGGAUUGGAUAACGUAAGGUGGUUCGUUAUGGGAGAUGAUGAUACAGUAUUUUUCCUGGAGAAUUUAGUAAUGAUUUUAGGAAAAUAUGAUCAUAAUCAGAUGUAUUAUAUUGGUGGAAAUUCAGAGAGUGUGGAGCAAAAUGUGAUUCAUUCGUAUACAAUGGCUUAUGGUGGUGGUGGUUUUGCUAUUUCUUAUCCUUUAGCAGAAGAACUUGUUAAGAUUUUGGAUGGUUGUCUUGAUAGAUAUGAUACAUUUUAUGGCUCUGAUCAGAAAGUCCAAGCUUGUAUUAGUGAAAUUGGAGUUCCUCUUACCAAAGAGCUUGGCUUCCACCAGGUUGAUAUAAGAGGGAGCCCAUACGGUUUACUUGCAGCGCAUCCACUCGCGCCAUUAAUCUCGCUCCACCACCUUGACUACGUGCAGCCAAUAUUUCCGGGCAUGACGCAGAUCGACUCUCUCAAAAAAUUAGUAAAACCAUAUGAAAUGGAUCCGGGUCGGACCCUACAACACAGUUUCUGUCACGAUUUCAACCGUAACUGGUCAGUAUCCGUGUCAUGGGGCUAUACUAUACAACUGUAUCCAUCACUAGUAAUGGCGAAGCAGCUGGAGAUGGCGUUUAGAACGUUUCAGACAUGGCGGACUUGGAGCAAUGAGCCUUACACGUUUAACACCCGACCCAUAAGUCAAGACCCGUGUGAGAGACCGGUUGUGUAUUUCUUGGAUCGGAUAGAGAGGGUUGGGCGGAGCAAGACUUUGACUGUGUAUCGAAGACACGUGGAGCCGGCAGAUAUGAGUUGUGACCGACCCGAAUAUGGUGUUAUUGAGGCCGUCCAGUUUGUCAAUGUGACAAGUUCUACAUUGAAGCCUGACAUUUGGAAUAUGGCGCCACGUAGACAGUGUUGUGAGAUAAUCAACAGAGAAAAUGAAGUGGUAGAGGUCAAGAUUAGAGGCUGCAACCCAUUUGAAAGCGUCACCCCUCCAUAGAACUUGUUCAAUACAUUUAUUUUCGUAAGUUUUUCCAACCUAUAAUUGGUUAGGACCUUUCCAUGUAAAUAUUCAUUUUUAGUUUUAUUUUUCUUUUUCUUUUGCUUCUCUUA